AUGGCUCCUGCUGAGAACACCAGUGUUUUCCCCACGGCAGGUCGCUGUCCCAACUGCAGCUCCUCCGCCUACCCGGGGGUGGAUGUCGCCAAGGCGGUGGUUUUGGGGAUGGUGCUGGUGGUGUUUGUCGUGUUCGGAGUCCUUGGCAACAUCCUGGUUAUCCUGUCGGUGUUGCUCCACCGCCACUGGCGCUCCGUGACGCAUUACUUCAUCGCCAACCUGGCGGCGGCGGAUCUGCUGCUCAGCGCCGCCGUCCUGCCCUUCUCCGCCACCUCGGAGGCGCUCGGCAGAUGGGUGUUCGGCCGUUCCUUCUGCAGCGCCUGGGCCGCGCUGGACGUCCUCUGCUGCACCGCCUCCAUCCUCAGCCUGUGCGUGAUCUCCAUCGACCGAUACCUGGCCGUCAGCUACCCUCUGCGCUACCCUGCCAUAGCCACGGGGCGGCGAGGCCUGACGGCCGUGGCGGCUCUAUGGGGGCUCUCGGCAGUCAUAUCCGUGGGCCCCCUGUUUGGCUGGAGGGAGCCCGACCCAGAAGACGAGACAGUGUGCCGUAUCACGGAGGAGCCCGGCUAUGCUUUGUUCUCGGCACUGGGGUCCUUCUACAUCCCUCUGGCCAUCAUCCUGGCCAUGUACUGCCGCGUGUAUACUGUGGCGAAGAGAGAGAUGAAGACGCUCAGGAAGAGCAGUGAGGGAGGAGGCGUUGAGACGGAGGGGGUGAGGCUGAGGAUACACAGAGGGAACGCUGCUCAGACGGAGAAGCCUAAGGGGGGCGACGAGGGGUCCGCGACUCAUAAACGCACCACCUUUUCACUGCCGAGGCUCCUGAAGUUCUCAAGAGAGGAGAAGGCAGCCAAGACUCUUGGCAUUGUCGUUGGAUGCUUCAUUCUGUGCUGGCUCCCUUUUUUCCUGGUUUUACCCAUCGGAUCGAUCUUCCCAUCCUGCAAGCCCUCUGAAACCAUCUUUAAAAUAACCUUCUGGCUGGGAUACCUCAACAGCUGCAUCAACCCCAUUAUCUACCCGUGCUUCAGUCGGGAGUUCAAGAAAGCCUUCCACCACGUGCUCCGUGGACGCUGCCUGAGAACUGGGGGGCUGGCCGCCAGACCACAAGGACACAUCGCCACCCACUCCUCCAGUCCAGGCCCCACGUCCAAUACCUCCGACGUCUCGGCCCAGAACCGCGUCACUGCUUCCUCGUGGGGUUGCUGCGGGCCGCUGUCGACCUCCUCGUCGUCGGUCUGUGGUCCGGAUCAGGCUCAAACCCAGAGUAAGAGUCUACUGAAGGCGUGGUGUCUCUCGGCAAGGGGCACGCCGGUACCGCAGAACCCCCCCGGCCACAGAUCGGCCAAGGUCUUGCGCCUUUCUCUCGGCGUUACAGGAGAGGCUGUUUGA